AUGAUCGUGUACGCGCUGGGGCAGCCGCGCUGGGGCCGCUGCCUCAGAGACGAGCACGGCCGCUCGGAGCUGCGUCUCGUUCUGCUGGGCGGGCGACGCUCGGGGAAGAGCUCGGCAGGGAACACCGUCCUGGCCGAAGAGACGUUCCCCACGGGGGUACGCACCGGCGCGUGCGUGGGGAGACGGGGACAGGCAGGCACCAGGCGGGUCACCGUAGUGGACACGCCCGGCUGGUGGUGUGACUUCCAGGCACGGGACACCCCGGAGCUGCUCAAGCAGGAGAUCGUGUGGCGGGGUGCCACUCGGUCCCUCCCUGGGCCCCACGCUUUUCUCCUGGCGGUCAAGGCGAGCUCGGCCUUCACGGAGAAGCGCAGGAGAGCCGCGGAGGAACACCUGGCGCUUUUCGGCGAGAGGGUUUGGGCGCACACCUUGGUGCUGUUCACCUGGGGGGAUUGGCUGGGGCACACGACCGUGCGCCAACACGUCGAGAAACAGGGGAAGGCCCUUCAGUGGCUGGUUGAGAAAUGUGGGAACAGGUACCAUGUGCUUAGCAACAAGGCCCCGACGACUGUUGCCCAGGUCGCAGAGCUGAUGGACAAGGUGGACAAGAUGGUCGCCGGAAACGGCGGUCGACAUUACGAGACGGACAGAAAAGCUCUACAGGAGGAGGAGGAAAGGAGGGAGGCGGUGAAUGAAAGAGUGAAACAGAGACAGGCGGAGGUGAAGAAGCAGAGAUCCCUCCUUACAGGGGCGGUGCGGAGUCUCCCGGAGCUGAGGGUCGUGCUUCUCGGCGCGCACCGGUCGGGAAAGAGCUCGGCGGGGAACCGCAUCCUGGGCCGCGGCGAGUUUCGGGUCGGCGCCAGGACGGCGAGCUGCGCGGCGGGGCGGGGCGGAGCCGCGGGGAGGCGGGUCACCGUGAUCGACACGCCGGGCUGGUGGAUGAACUACCGCGCGGACGAGUCGGCGGAGUUCGACAGGCGGGAGGUGCGGCGUAGCGCGGGACUGUGCCCGCCCGGGCCCCACGCCGUCCUGCUGGCGGUGCGAGCGGACAGGGCAUUCUGGGAUACGCACCGGCGGGCACUGGAGGACCACGUGGAGCUCCUGGGGGAGGGCGUCUGGAGACACGCCGUGGUGCUCUUCACGUUCGGGGACUGGCUGGGCGGGAGGAGCGCGGAGGAGCACGUGGAGGCGGAGGGUGGCGCCCUCCGGUGGCUGGUGCAGAAGUGCGGGAACAGGAGCCACGUCUUCGGCAGCGGAAACGGCGGCGAGGUCGCGCAGCUGCUGGAGAGGAUCGAGGAGACGGUGGCGGGGAACGGAGGCCGGCAUUACGCACCCGGCGGGAUUUCGCGGGAAGCGGAGGAGGAGAGGAGGAACGCAGUGGAGCGGAGAGCAAAAGAAAGGAUGAGCAAAGCACAGGAACAAAGAAGGGCCAUUAGAUCACUCCUCCCCGGAGGCAUCCCCACGCUCUCAGACCUGACGGUUGUGCUCCUGGGAGGCGUUAGUGUGGGGAAGAGCUCAGCAGGAAACACAAUCCUGGGCAGAGAGGCGUUUGAAGCCGGCCUGCAGACAAAGCGUUGGCGUAAGGCAGAGGGCAGGGCGUGCGGAAGGCGGGUCACCGUGGUGGACACGCGGGGCUGGCGAACGGGUCGCUCGGAGGCGGGCGAGCGGGAGAUUCGGGACGCCCCGUCUCUGCGCUCCCUGAAACCGAACGCCCUGCUCCUGGUGGUGAACGCGAGCGCGUCGUUCACGGAGACGCACCGGAGGGCGACGGAGGAAGGCCUGGAGCUGCUCCUGGGAGAGGGGGCCUGGAGCCGCGCCCUGGUGCUGUUCACCCACGGCGACUGGCUGGGCGGCACCGCCGUGGAGCAGCGCAUCGAGGCGGAGGGUGGCGCCCUCCGGUGGCUGGUGGACCGCUGCGGGAACAGGUACCACGUCCUCGACAACAAGAGCGAGGGAGACGCUCAAGGGCAGGUCAGAGAGCUGCUGGAGAAGAUCGAGGAGACGGAGGCGGGGCGGAGGGAGGCCGAACGACAGCAGAGGAACGAGGAGAUUACCGCCCAGCUCCACGCACGGCGUCUGGAGGAAGAGCUGGACACAGAUCCGCUCUUACCCGUCUGCACUGGUCACCAUCGCUGCGAGACAAAGUGGGGCAGUUCAGGCAAGACUUUGGAGACGCAAGACUCGUUAAAGCUCCACAUCCUGCCAGUGCUUAGCCUAAUUCUGCAGAGCAGGAGCAGACCUGGUAGAAGCGCGGGAGAAGGCAUUACACCAGGCAGGGGGCGGGAGGGGUCUCGGGCCCAGGAGCCAGGAGGACCACCCCUGCGGAUGGAGAGGGACGAGAGCAGGGACGGGACAGCGGGACAGGUGGUGAACGCCUCUGGUCCCAAACCUCAGAGGCCCAUCCUGGUGUUCCCGGGAGACCAGCCGAGCUGGAGGUCCCGGGAGAGAGCGGGGGAGGUUUCGGGUAAAGUCUGGGCGGAGCUCGCCGCGAUCCUUUUAACCCGCGUGGAGGGGCUGAACGAGGGCGACGGGCCCGUCCGAUCGGGCAGCGGGGACACCGCCAGCACCAUCGAAGAGCUGGAAGCGUUCAUCGACGCCUACUUCGAAACGGUGAGGGGGGGUGCGGUGACGAGCCCGUCUGCGGUGGAAACUCGGCCGGACUACAGCACGGGGUCACGGCGGCCCUCGUCCAGCCGACCCCCGAUCAGGGUCGGCGGAGGACACACCGAGCCGGACGACGGGAACCCGUCAUCGAUCGAACAAAAACCGUCCAAACUCGACGUCCUGGAAGCGAUGCAGAGGCGCUUGGCGGACGUGGACCAAACGCUUCGGCUGAGCCUUCAGGUCCUCCGAGAACUGAGGGGGAACGCUAAAGAACCGCAUUCCGACGGCGGAGAACCAGGAGAACCGGAAGAACCAGAGGGAGGCAACGAGGGCCGCAUCUGA